GGAGCUGGCAAACACUAUUUCCCAACUCAUCCAUGUUGUUAACAACUCGGAAGCCCGAGCCGUCAUGUGGCUUCCUGUUACUGUGCUCUUGUGUGAAGACAAGGACAACGAUUGAUCGGUCAGUUCUACCUGCCUGAGAGCUCUCGGGAGAAGUGCGUACAGACUGCCUCUGUCUGCUGUGUUCUGGCUGUUGGUCACACCGUACGCGGAGGGCACACCUUCAGAGCCUCUGGUUUUCUGCAGAACACCUCUUCCUUCGGACCUUCUGGCAAACUAUGAAUCGAGAAUGGAAGGAGGUAGACGAGCUGCGCCUGGACAAAUACCGCACGCUGAUCCGCCUGGUCCUGCGGCAGUCCCUGGAAGUUCUGAAGCAGAACGGCUGGCGAGAAAGCUGCAUCCAGCUGUUCCUGGACGUCCUGAGGACAGAGCUCCUGAGUCCCGAGAGUCAUUCUCCUGAUGACGUCAGGUUCCACUUCAUUGACAUCUACCUGGAUGAACUGUCCAGAGUUGGAGGGACGGAGCUGUUGGCAGAUCAGAACCUCAGGCUUAUCGACCCAUUCUGCACGAUUGCUGCCAAGACUAAGGACCACACACUGGUGCAGACCAUAGCUAGGGGUGUUUUUGAAGUCAUCGCAGAUCAGUCUUCCUUUGUACCUGGAGAGGCAGUGGAGGAACAGAAUGGGGUUGACGGUGACCUCUCUGGAGAAGAGACUCCUGCGAAUGAGACACUGAGCAAAAAAGCAGUGAAAAAGAAAGCAGCGCUGGGCAAAUGCCAAUCCAGGAGAGAUGGGAUCAGUGGUGACAGAGAGAGACAUGGCUGUGGAACCCUCGAGGACAUGGGGCGGCUUCUCCAGUUUGACUACAAGGCGGUUGCCGACCGACUCCUGGAAGUGACCAGCAGGAAAAACACCCCUCCCUUCAACCGGAAGCGCCUCUGCAAGCUCAUCAGGAGGUUCCAAGACCUCUCUGAAGGCGGUGCAUCUGCCCUUGUUUUCUCUGAGGAUGUUUCUGCUGAUGAAAAUGACGGCCUGAGCCAAGGAAGGCAGAAGAAAAAAAGAAAGAAACCUUUGGAGCCAGCUGAGCCAGAGACAGAGGAAGGACACAAAGCCAGUGUUGGUGAGGACAGCGAAGGCAGCCUUCAGAAGAGAAAAAGGAGAAAGCGGAAGAAGAGCCACGUCCAACCCAACACCCGCGGCCCCAGUGAUGCAGCCUCCUCCCUCACACACAGAGGGACCGGCGAGCCUGGGUCGGGGAAACCCGCAUCCAGCACCGGGGCCCAGGGUGGCCUAGAGGGGUUCUGCUCCACCCCUGGGCACAGUAAGAGGAAGCGGCAGAGGAAGAAGAGCCUGGGGCUGCAAGGGCAGAUCUGCGAACCCACAGUGAUGCCCCCAGAGGACUGCGGGCAUCCUCCAGCCCCUGCCACCCGAGCUUCCCCAGCAGACGGAGGCCAGGUCCCAAAAAGAAAGCGGAAACUCGGCGCUCUCCUGGCCAACAGCAGUGGACUGGCCACACUGGCCUGGCCUCAAGCACAGAAGGAAGGAGACGAUGGCCAGGCCACCCUGCCCCCGUGCAGGAGGCCUCAGCACAAGAAGGUGGAGCCAGGGAACCUUGACCUCUACUUGCUCUCCAGCCGGAAGGCCGCAGCCUCUAAGAAGAGGAAGAAGACGAAAGAGGUGUCCUACUCGGUGGAGAACAAGGGUGUCCUGAGGGCCAGGGUCCGGCAGUUUGAGGCUCUGGGAAGCAGCGGAGCUCUCGCCCCUUUGAAGAAACCUCUGAGGCCGGAGAAUGACUUCGUGAAGUUCAACACCCCCGUCUUACCAAAGCCCCUGUUCUUCAGGAAAUCAAAGAGCACCGCUGCCGCCCGCCCUCCGGGUCCUGCUGUCCAGCUGAACAAAACCCCGUCCAGCUCCAAGAAAGUCACCUUUGGGCUGAGCAGGAACAUGACCACAGAGUUCAAGAAGACAGACAAGAGCAUCCUGGUCAGCCCCACGGGCCCCUCCCGAGUGGCCUUCAACCCCGAGCAGAGGCCCCUUCACGGGGUGCUGAAGAUGCCCAGCAGUUCGCCUGCCAGCACCAUCCUGGGGAGCAGGAUGCCACUGGGCACCACUCCCAAGAGGAGGCCGACGGCCAUGGACUUCUUCUGAGUGCCCAGAGCCCCUUUUUACAGACUGCUUUUAUACAAAGGAUCUAUAAAUUAUAGCUUUCAAAACACAAGCCUU